CCUCUAUUUCCCGUGUGUUGUUAUCGCGGUGUCUCCCAUCUCGUCAAUUUGCUGGGUGGGCGUUCCUCCUCCGAGUUCGUCUACUGACUGUUGUGAACAGUGAAUGCUGUGAAGAAUUGUAUCCUCCACGACCAGCUCCCGAUGUUUCUUCCUACGCUUGUGGAGGACAUGCAUCACUUUAAGCCAACUCGAGACAGACUGUACACCACCCGGUGUUGCGGAUGUUGCCACGUCCGGACGGGGACCAUCAUUCUGGGAACUUGGUAUAUGGUAGUCAACCUGUUGAUGGGCAUCCUGCUGACGGUAGCUGUGACCCACCCGGAGAACGUGCCCACUAUCGACUUGCAGUAUGAGGUCAUCGACCAUUACUUUGCGUCCGACAGGAUGUCUGAGAAUGCCUGUGUGGGAUUUGCCAUCUCUCUGCUGAUGCUCACCAUCAGUGCCAUGAUGGUGUAUGGAGCCAUCACUCAUCGUGACGGCUGGCUCAUCCCGUUUUUCUGCUACCAGCUGUUUGACUUUGCUCUGAGCUGCCUGGUGGCCAUCAGCUCUCUCACCUACCUUCCCCGGAUCAAGGACUACCUGGACCAGCUGCCGGACUUCCCGUACAAAGAUAACCUGCUCUCUCUGGACUCCAGCUGCCUGCUGCUCUUCGUGCUCGUCUUCUUUGCCUUCCUCAUCAUCCUCAAGUCCUACCUGAUCAACUGUGUGUGGAACUGCUACAAGUACAUCAACAACAGGAACAUGCCAGAGAUUGCAGUCUUCCCGGCCUUCGAGACCCCUCCCCAGUACAUCCUGCCUACCUACGAGAUGGCGAUGAAGAUGCCAGAGAAGGAGCCACCUCCCCCUUACAUGCCUGCUUAAGCACCAGCCCCUGUUGCCAAACUACACACACACACACACACACACACACACACACACCACCACCAUAUGCAUUCCUACCUUGCCUCACUAACCCUUUCUGAACACCAUUUCACCCCCCCCCCCCUUCCCUGACCCACUGUGUACGUGUAAGGCCACUGACAACGUUUUGUUCAGCCCUUCCCUCUGUGUUCCUACAGAGCGUCUAUAGAGCAUCCCGGAGGUGUGAGAGGGGAAAGAUGGGAAAGACUGAAAUCUGUGAGAUGAAUGAAUGAAUGUGAUGUUUGAAAAGCAAAGGAAGCUACCAGCCCUCGCUCCCACCCCUCUGGCCUUUUUUAUGUCUUAGCAAAAGGGAUACAUGUGAAAAUAAAUUGCUUGAAAUGCUAUCAUCAAUCCAGCACCAUCCUAUCUAUUGAUUGAUAUAUGAAGUGUAAAAAACAUAUUAUGACAAUCCAUUUAUUAUAGCUCUUAUUGUUGAAUUGUGUUAUUUUCCCCCCUAAUUAUUUACACCUAGACUAUUCCAUCUCAGUCAUUGAAUGGAGUCUGUAGCACUUUUUCGCCUGGUAUUUAUUUAGCUUUGCUGUGGUUCAGUUCACUGCCACCCCUGACAUUUUCAUCACUCUGCUGCCCCGAUGUGUGAGCAAAGAUAGGGAUUAGUUUCCCAGCUGAAACGGAGAGACAGAGAGAGAGCGGAGGGCACUGAUGAUGAUGAUCAUUUUCUCUGCUUCCUCCUCGCCCGACAUCUGGAGCAGCAGCUAGUCUUGUGAACAUUAGUAUUUGCAUGCUUAUCAAAAGCCUCCCCAUUUCUUUAUUGGUAUUAUGAUUUUAUCCUAGUGGAAAUACAUUUGACUUCAAUAAACGUUUCAGAAAAA